UCUGCUCCCGAGAGGAAGAAGCUUCCAGUAAUGGCUCGUACGAAGCAGACUGCUCGUAAGUCGACGGGCGGGAAGGCGCCCCGCAAGCAGCUGGCCACCAAGGCGGCCCGCAAGAGCGCGCCGGCCACGGGCGGCGUCAAGAAGCCGCACCGCUACCGGCCCGGCACGGUGGCGCUGCGCGAGAUCCGCCGCUACCAGAAGUCCACGGAGCUGCUGAUCCGCAAGCUGCCCUUCCAGCGCCUGGUGCGCGAGAUCGCGCAGGACUUCAAGACCGACCUGCGCUUCCAGAGCUCGGCCGUCAUGGCGCUGCAGGAGGCGAGCGAGGCCUACCUGGUGGGGCUCUUCGAGGACACCAACCUGUGUGCCAUCCACGCCAAGCGCGUCACCAUUAUGCCCAAGGACAUCCAGCUGGCCCGACGCAUCCGCGGAGAGCGCGAAUCGAGUUUAACCACCGAAGCCGUAGAGGGUGCGACCUUGGCGUUUGAGGGCGUACACCACGUCCAUGGCAGUGACCGUCUUCCUCUUGGCGUGCUCGGUGUAGGUGACGGCGUCACGAAUCACGUUCUCCAGGAAGACCUUGAGCACGCCGCGCGUCUCCUCGUAGAUGAGCCCCGAGAUGCGCUUGACACCGCCGCGCCGAGCCAGGCGGCGGAUAGCCGGCUUGGUGAUGCCCUGGAUGUUGUCGCGCAGCACCUUGCGGUGGCGCUUAGCGCCCCCCUUGCCGAGCCCCUUUCCGCCUUUGCCUCUGCCAGACAUCCUGCUACUCCACAGAUCAAAGCAGCGUGUGGCGGGAAACGGGCGCAGGCGGCUCUCUAUAUGGCCAGCAGUCCGACCUGGUUGAGAACUGCGGCGGGGCCGGGCAGGGGCGGGCUCUGCCCCGCGCCCUCCCCUGCGGGCAGGGGCGUUCGCGCCGUCGCCUCCGACCGGGGUAGGCGGUACGGGGCGGGCUUCGGCUCAGCCGCGGGCUCUGCCCGGGCGCCGGGGAUCCGUCCCUGGGGAGGGCGAAGCCGCCGCCUCCUUCAUGCGGCCCGAGGCCCGACUUCCCGGCCUCAUCGUGGCCGCGGGGAAGCCGGGCCCCGGCGGGCGCGGGUCUGCAGCAAAAUCCAGCCAAUGGCGCAGCACGGCCUGGAUGUUGGGCAGCACCCCGCCCUGCGCGAUCGUCACCUUGCCCAGCAGCUUGUUGAGCUCCUCGUCGUUGCGGAUGGCGAGCUGCAGGUGGCGGGGGAUGAUGCGCGUCUUCUUGUUGUCGCGGGCCGCGUUGCCCGCCAGCUCCAGGAUCUCGGCCGUCAGUUGCCCUUGCGCAGCAGCCGGUGCACGCGGCCCACGGGGAACUGCAGCCCGGCCCGCGACGAGCGCGACUUGGCCUUGGCCCGCGCCUUCCCGCCCUGCUUCCCGCGACCAGACAUGAAGGGCUCCAAGAAAGCCGUCACCAAGACCCAGAAAAAAGGUGACAAGAAGCGUAGAAAGACUAGAAAAGAGAGCUACUCCAUUUACGUGUACAAGGUGCUGAAGCAGGUGCACCCCGACACGGGCAUCUCGUCCAAGGCCAUGGGCAUCAUGAACUCCUUCGUCAACGACAUCUUCGAGCGCAUCGCCGGCGAGGCGUCGCGCCUGGCGCACUACAACAAGCGCUCCACCAUCACCUCGCGGGAGAUCCAGACGGCCGUGCGGCUGCUGCUGCCCGGCGAGCUGGCCAAGCACGCUGUCUCCGAGGGCACCAAGGCUGUCACCAAGUACACCAGCUCCAAGCGAACGAGAGCGCUUUAUCGGGCUUCGGGUGACGCAGGAGGCGCAGGGAAGGUUGGGGUUUUUUUUAACAAAGCCUUUAGAAAGGGGUUGAAAUCCUGGCCGCCUGGGACAAAACCAGCGAUAAAACCGUCUGUUGCGGAGCCAGAGCAAAAUCCAUGUGGAUUUUGUGUGCUGGCAAAGCUGCAGCGGAGCGCGGGGCUCCCGGUCCCGCUCGGCGGGACAGAGCUGAAGGAUGAGAGCAGCGAGAGCACCGUCACCUCCAGUAGGGGAGGGGACUGCGGAGCGGGAAACAGCCAUCACCCCCGGCACCGCCCCCUGCAGAACGGCGGGCUUUUCAAACCCCCCCUGUUGCCCAAUGGAAUUCGCGCAUUCCCGCUAACCAAUCGCAGGGCUGUGCUGGCUAUAAAGUCGGGGCCUCUGCCGCUUCUCCUUGCACAGACGCUCGUGUCUCAGUGCUCGGCGGCUCCUUUGGGUGAGAUGGCGCGUACGAAGCAGACCGCGCGUAAGUCGACGGGCGGGAAGGCGCCCCGCAAGCAGCUGGCCACCAAGGCGGCCCGCAAGAGCGCGCCGGCCACGGGCGGCGUCAAGAAGCCGCACCGCUACCGGCCCGGCACGGUGGCGCUGCGCGAGAUCCGCCGCUACCAGAAGUCCACGGAGCUGCUGAUCCGCAAGCUGCCCUUCCAGCGCCUGGUGCGCGAGAUCGCGCAGGACUUCAAGACCGACCUGCGCUUCCAGAGCUCGGCCGUCAUGGCGCUGCAGGAGGCGAGCGAGGCCUACCUGGUGGGGCUCUUCGAGGACACCAACCUGUGCGCCAUCCACGCCAAGCGCGUCACCAUCAUGCCCAAGGACAUCCAGCUGGCCCGACGCAUCCGCGGAGAGCGUGCCUAAGCUU